CCCAGCCUCCCGCCCCCGUGGGGACUCCGCCGCAACGCCUGCCUCCUGCUGCUGGGCAUGAUGGGAGUUGUAGUCCAGCCGCCGCCCCCCUCCUCAUCCCCUGCUUUUGUGAGCCGCCCGCCCGCCCUCCCACGAGGCGGCGGCGGCGGCGGCUCACAGUGCACAGCUUCUGGGGGCUGCUCCUCCUCCCCCCCCCAGGCACGGGAGGGAGGCGCCCCCCGCUCAGGUCCUCGGCCGGCGACGGCCCCGAGACACGCGUGUCGCUCGCGUGUCAGGCGGGGCUCCUUCAAGCAGCCCCCCCCCUCCGCCCUAGAGAAGCCUCGCAGUGGGGGGGAGGAGGGGGAAGAACGGGGGCGCCCCACCAGGGGGUCGCAGAGGCAGCUGAGGAGAGACCCCCCCCCCACACACACUCUCUCCCUCAGGAGCAAGGGGGGGUAGUCUGCGCCGCGGGCUGAGGUCGCCCCCCCCCGCUCAGCCCCCCUCCCCUCCUGGGGGCUGGAGGAGGCGCGGCCGUGGCGGCGGCGGCUCCCCCCUCAGGCCCCUCCUCCUCCUCCUCCCUCCUCCUCCUCCAGUGGGGCCUCGGCCGCCAUGUUGUGGUGCUGCUGCUGCUGCGGGUGAGGCGGAGGCUGCGGAGCCCCAGUGGCGGCCGCCGGACGGAGGAGGACGGAGACGGCGACGACGACGGGGUGGGGGGACGCCGAGCCGCCGCCCCCCGCCCGAGCUGCGCCCCGCGGUGGGGUGGGGAGGAGCAGCAGGAGGAGGAAGGGGGCGCCCCACCACCACCACCACCACCACCAUGGCUGCUGCUGCUGGAUUUCAGUGUGAAAUAGAGGAACAUCUGAACCACAUCUGAAAACCUUUUGGAAAGUUCUGUUACUAGCUGACCUGUAUAUUAUAUAUCGCGCUACAGAGUAUUGAAAACAGAGGAGAGAACCUUGCAUCUUAAUCUGGCUCUGUCAUGGAUGAAGAGACUCAGCACAGCAUUGAAUGCAUCCAAGCUAAUCAGAUCUUCCCCAGGAAGCAACUGAUCCGUGAGGAUGAGAAUCUCCAGGUCCCGUUUCUUGAACUUCACGGAGAGAGCACAGAAUACGUGGGACGAGCCGAGGAUGCUGUCAUCGCUCUUUCCAACUACAGACUUCACAUCAAAUUCAAGGAAUCCCUGGUCAAUAGUGUCUGUACACUUGCUGCUUGUGAGAUCUCAGUUCCAUUACAGCUUAUAGAAAGUGUUGAAUGCCGGGAUAUAUUUCAGCUUCACUUGACUUGUAAGGACUGCAAAGUUAUCAGGUGUCAGUUCUCUACCUUUGAGCAGUGUCAAGAGUGGUUGAAGCGGUUGAACAACGCCAUUCGGCCUCCUUCCAAGAUAGAGGAUCUCUUUUCAUUUGCUUAUCAUGCCUGGUGUAUGGAGGUGUACGCAAGUGAAAAAGAGCAGCAUGGUGACUUAUGUCGGCCAGGGGAGCACGUAACAUCGAGGUUCAAAAAUGAGGUGGAACGGAUGGGUUUUGAUAUGAACAAUGCCUGGAGGAUCUCCAACAUCAAUGAGAAAUACAAGCUCUGCAGUAGCUACCCUCAAGAGCUCAUCGUCCCCGUUUGGAUCACAGACAAAGAGCUGGAGAGCGUCGCAAGCUUCCGAUCUUGGAAACGCAUCCCUGCUGUCGUUUACAGACACCAGAUCAAUGGGGCAGUGAUUUCCCGUUGUGGGCAGCCCGAGGUCAGCUGGUGGGGCUGGAGAAACGCCGACGAUGAGCACCUUGUCCAGUCCGUGGCCAAAGCAUGUGCCUCCGAUUCCAAGUCCAACAGCAGCAAACUGAUGAAUGGCAGCUGUUCGCGGGAAUUCUCCAGUGGGGGAGACCUCUCAGAUGCGGAGUUCGACUCCUCCAUCUCCAAUGCCUCAGGAGCAGAAAGUUUAGCCAUUCAGCCUCAGAAACUCCUGAUCCUCGAUGCGCGCUCGUAUGCGGCUGCCGUGGCCAACAGGGCCAAGGGGGGAGGUUGCGAAUGCCCAGAGUAUUAUCCAAACUGUGAAGUAGUGUUCAUGGGAAUGGCCAACAUCCAUUCCAUCCGGAAGAGCUUCCAGUCGCUGCGGCUGCUUUGCACCCAGAUGCCGGACCCGGGAAACUGGCUGUCGGCUCUGGAGAGCACCAAGUGGCUGCAGCACCUCUCCGUGCUCCUGAAGUCCGCCCUGCUGGUGGUCCAUGCGGUGGACAGAGACCAGCGGCCCGUCUUGGUCCACUGCUCCGACGGCUGGGACCGAACCCCACAGAUUGUGGCGCUGGCCAAGCUGCUGCUGGAUCCGUAUUACAGAACCGUCGAGGGUUUCCAGGUGCUAGUGGAGACAGAGUGGCUGGAUUUUGGCCACAAGUUUGCUGACCGCUGUGGCCAUGGUGAGAAUUCGGAGGACCUGAACGAACGCUGCCCGGUGUUCUUGCAGUGGCUGGACUGUGUGCAUCAACUCCAGCGGCAAUUCCCCUGCUCUUUUGAGUUUAACGAAGCAUUCCUUGUCAAGCUGGUGCAGCACACCUACUCCUGCCUCUUUGGUACAUUCCUGUGCAACAACGCGAAGGAGAGAGGCGAAAAGCACACUCAAGAAAGGACCUGCUCCGUCUGGUCUCUGCUGCGGGCAGGAAACAAGGCCUUCAAGAACCUGCUCUACUCUUCCCAGUCCGAAUCUGUGCUGUAUCCCGUGUGCCACGUGAGAAACCUGAUGCUCUGGAGCGCCGUGUACCUGCCAUGCUCUUCGCCUUCUACCCCUGCGGAUGACACCUGUGCUCCGUACCCGGUCCCAAGUUCCAACCCUGAAGAUCCGCCUCUGGGCAGGCUACCAAAGACGCGGUCGUUUGACAAUCUGACAACUGUCUGUGAUAGCAGCCUCCCGACCAACAACCGGCGCAGCAGCGACCCCAGCCUCAAUGAGAAGUGGCAGGAACAUCGCCGGUCCCUGGAGCUCAGUGGCCUCGGAAACCCCGGGGACGACCCCUUCGAUGGAGAGGGCCUGGGCAAGCCAGGCAGGCCUCUGGUGGGAGCAGAGCUUUCGGUGGCUGUGGCAGAGGGGCAGAUGGAGAACAUCCUGCAAGAGGCUUCCAAGGAGGACGUGGGCCUGGAGGAGGGUGUGAGGAGUGCCCUGGGAGCAGCAGUGGGUCCAGAGGUGGAGGAGGAGGCCGCUGCCCUGGAGAAAGAGAGCAGCGCUGGAAACCUGGGCAGCUGUGCCGAUCGCGGGCACGAAAAGACCGAGCUGGACACAGAUACUUUGUUGGACAAUCCAGGCACCAUCCAGCAGGUGGGUUCACCGGGUGCUUCGGAGCCUCAAGGACAACAGGAGGAGGAGGAGGAGGAGGAGGACACACCUCUCCACGCUGCCCAGAAGCCAUCUCCAGGGAGAGGACUGCCAGCCGGCGUUCUGGACAAUACUGCAGAUAACGACAUCCAAAGAGCAGAGGAUGGCAGACUCCCGGUAGAAGUCGAAGGCUCCCCCCACGGAGCCCCCGAGCCCAGCCCACGGCUGCCUCUCCUGCUCAAGGCAGGGACGCCCAAUAUGGAGAGCUCCACUGAGACCUUGACGGAGAACGGAUCCAAACCGGAGCUGAGCCAGAAGGUCCCUGCGUGCCCGUGGCUCCAUCCCACGGAUAACAGUGUGGACGGACUUCUUUCCCAAGCCCUGGACAGCCGGUCCGAGAGGGAGGAUGCGCUGGAGCUACACAGACUGGCAGCAAGCCUAAACAGGACUCCUAAGAGCCACCGCGCACGCAGCCCGAUGCCUUCACCCUGUGCCUUGCCCUUAGUGGGAUGUAAAGAGGAGCUGGUGUGCAAUGGGGAGCUGGCGCCCGAGAACAAGGUGGUGGCCGAGAAGCCCGCCGGCUUCGGCGUCCCCCAGAAAUACCCCGCCCCCAAUGGACACUGUGUCAACGGGGAGGACGGGAGGGUCAAGGCUCCCCUGAGCCGGCAACUCUCCGCAGCCAGCUGUAGCUCUGCCCCCUUGCACCCGAGGAACCUGCCCCACAAGUGGGGCCAGGCGGGGCCAGGCCGGCAGCCGGCGACAAAUAGCCCCGACCAGCCGGCCCGCAGCCACCUGGACGAUGACGGGAUGCCCGUCUAUGCUGACGUCAUUCAGCAGCGCCUCCGCCAGAUCGAAAGUGGGCAUCAGCAGGAGGUGGAGACCUUGAAGAAGCAGGUGCAGGAGCUGAAGAGCCGCCUGGAGAGCCAGUACCUGAACAGCUCGCUCCGGUUCAAUGGCGAUUAUGGGGACGAAGUGACUUCAAUACCUGACUCGGAAAGCAAUCUGGAUCAGAACUGCUUGUCUCGCUGCAGUACAGAGAUUUUCUCUGAAACCAGCUGGGAGCAGGUGGAUAAACAGGACACAGAGGUGACGCGGUGGCUUCCUGACCACCUGGCUGCACAUUGUUAUGGCUGUGACAGUGCGUUUUGGCUGGCCAGCCGGAAGCACCACUGCAGGGACCCUGAACGUGUUGAUCAGACUUGGAAUUGUGGGAAUGUCUUUUGCUCCAGCUGCUGUAACCAGAAGGUGCCGCUCCCCAGCCAGCAGCUCUUUGAGCCCAGCCGCGUCUGCAAGUCCUGCUACAGCAGCCUGCACCCCAGCAGCUCCAGCCUUGACCUCGAACUUGAGAAACCCAUUGCUGCCACCUCCAACUGAAGCCCCGGCCUGGAAGGAAGGAAGGAAGCCGGGGAGAGACCCUGCUGCCUCGACCCCCUGAGCAGACACGCACAUUCUUUCUCAGUGGACUGGACAAGCUGUGCACUUCGGAGCCGGGAGCUCAGAUUCCUGCUCCAAGGGUGUCAGGAAGCCUUGGCGGAGUGCAGAAGCCCUUCCUUUCCAGCUCUUACUCCCCGUUUUCCUUUUCAUCCCUUUUGUGUAUAUUUUGUGUUGAUUUUGCUGGAAGACUGUGAAAAGGGGACUGGGCUGGAAUCUCUUUUUCUGGCAGGCAUUUUAGCUGCCCUGCUGUUGAACUGUGCUGCAGACGGGUGGCUCCACCUGAUGGAGAGGAGAGCAGGGUAAUCGGAGGUCCAGGGACAUUGUGAAUACCUGUAGCAUCCGUGCUAGUGCUUUCAGUCACUCCUGUUGCUUCCCAACAGCAAGCCGCUGCUUGGGAAGUUGUUGCUGCUAGAAAUGGGAGCUGCCUUCUCAAGAGAAUUCUCUCUCCCUCUCUGUUCUUAGAGUGGGCUUAGUUAUCCUUGCUGCACGGAAGGGGGGAAUCAGUCACAGAUCCCCACACUGGGCAGUUCUUUGCCGACGUUGGCCAACUGAUGGCUUGGGAGUGGGAAUGCCUGGACCACUUUGGCUAAAGGAAGUGUCCACUUGCUUGAGGGAAGUGAGAGGGGAGGGGACUGGACAGGCUGCCUGCUCAAGUUUUGUUCUGAUUUUUUAAACACACACACACACAAAAACUGGCACCUCUAUAUGUAAGAUUCUGUGCAUACAACUUUUUUAAAAAGGCAUUGGUGUCUGAGCUCAUUGGUAGCUGUCCAAUGCCUGCUCUUGCCCCACUUUUAGAAGUAGUUUACACCAGAGAUUCUCACAUUUGGAUCCCCAGAUGUUGUUGGGCUACAACUUCCAUAAUCCCCAGCCACAAUGGCCAAAGGAGUCAUGGGAGCUGUAGUCCACCAACAUCUGGGGACCCACCUUUGAGAAUCCCUGGCUCACACAGAAGGCGGAGCUGGUUCUCGGCACUCCACAGUCUGUGUGCAAAACCAAAGCUCCUUUCGCAGGAGACCCACAAAGCGGUGGGGUGGCUUUGGCUUUGUGCUAAGUAGAAUUUCUUGCAAACAAGAAGAAUCAGCUGGUUAGUGGGGAUCAGCCAGCUGAUGCCCACCAACUGGGGUAAUUUGAACCAAAAAAAACCCAACAACCCAUACAGAAAACUCUUAGGUUAAAGCUAUGACCGGACCAAAACAAAAUUUCUAAAAAACGUUGCCUUCUAUUAAAAUGUCUUGUUCCCUACAAAAGUGUGACUGUCCCCUUAUAUUUUCUUACAAGUUUUUGUACUUGCCUUCCCCAUGCCUUUAAAGUAUAUAUUUUUCUCGAUAGUUUGGGGCGGGGAGAUUGGAGACAUAGUUGUGAAACCUGCCUUUCACAAUUCUGUCUAAGUUGAAAUGACUUCUGCCGAAUAUGCCACCAGGUAGUGAUGUACCUCCAUCUCCCCCCACCCACGCCCCCUCGGAGAAUUUGGCUAGUCUACGAGUUUCCUUGAUCAUGCUGCCGCUCUCUGGACUGCCUGCCUCCACACGAUGUCUCCACCAGGCCACCACGGCUGUCUGCAGUGCAGCUCUCCGUGUGGCUUUUGUGCAUUGCAUGGGGAGCUUUUGCCAGGAACUGGCAGGGAAUGUGCAAACUGGCAUGAAAGCUCUCCACACCCCAUGGAGAGCUGGGAGAGGCACCGUGCAGGAGGUGGUGGCUCCCCCUAGGGGCCGUUUCAAGGACCGACAGCGUAAUAAAAUGUGUGGCAGUCUUUGGAAAAGCAGCUGCUUUUCACCGAAUCCUGAAAAGCAGCAGCUAAACUCACUGAAUCCAUUGCCAAGCUAGAGAUUUGCCUUUUGUGGGGUACAGAGCUGAUGUCUUCUCAAAUGAAGUUUUAGACAGCUGUGGGUGUCUUGGAAUACCUGAUCAAUCCAUAGACGAAAGUCGUAUCAGCAUCUUUAAUUCUUCAUGUCUGGUUUUGCUCUCCCCAUGCUCUUUAUGAAAGAUGCACAUGUUGCUUAGUAGAACACAUCUGGAGGAAGCCACUGGGGUGGGAAUCAGGGUUCCAAGAGCCUUGGCUUGUUUAGACAGCCAGAAGUCUAGUUUCUUGGUGCUCCUCCUCUCUUUCAAGAGAGAAACAAAGCAAAAUCUCAUUCAAAUUGGGUGUUUUAAUAUAAAAUGUCCUGGGAAUAUGCAGGAAAGAUGCAUAGUACUUCUGUAGAGAUUGCCGUUCCAGGUAGAGUAGAGGAAGCUGGAACAGGAAUUGGAAGAGCAUACAGAGCUGAUCUGUAGUUUUCUGUUGCAGGCGAGUAGCUGAGCAGAGAGGCUGUUUCUGAAGGGAAAGAGUAUUUGUCAUGCUCACUGUGGCGGUGUGGUUUUGUGGUGCAAACCGAUGGGGAGAAGAAGGUCUAAUAUUCUUCAGUUCAUAAUGACAGGUGCCAAGAGGUUCUGAUACGGGUUUGGGGGGUCUGUGAUGUACAGUGUGAAUAAACGCUUGCAGCUCUUAGUCUUUUUGGAUCAAUGAAGCACUUUUUUAUUAAUCUGAUUUUUUUCUUUGUAAAGCAGGAAUCUAUCUCCACGUAGCUGUGUAUAUAUAACCCUUCUCUCCUAAAGAGGAGCAGUGUUGCUCCUUUGUAUUUUUCAUUUUUUUUGGUCAAAGCAAGACGUAAAUACUUUAGAAUUGUUAAAUAUAUAAAUAAAAGUGAAUAAAGUUUAGAGUUUUGCAUGGGA